CGGAGAGCAUGUCAUACGAAGAAGCGAUCCCAAAAAAUUUCCAGUAACUAUCGUUACAUAAAGUUUCCGAACGAUGUUUACUUGAUCUAAAGUGAACUUAUGUUUGGCCUUCAAAGGCUGGGAAUUACGUCAGUAGUCUUUCGACACAUAGCCUGUACUGAUCACUUAAGAAAACGGUGAUUACCAGUUAACAAAAUGUUGAAGCAUGUCCUGUUAUUCGUCCUGUUUAACCUUUUUUAUACUUCUACGUUGUCCAAGAAAUUUGACAUCCCUGUCAGUGUGCGCUGCAUCAACUGCAUUUGCCAAGCUGCAACUGCAUGCAACAGUAAAGAUGGUUGCCGCGGAGAAACUUGCGGACCAUUUGGCAUUAGCCGAGAGUACUGGAUUCAAAGUGGAAGACCAACAGUAAAUCGCUUAAAGCCCGAUGAUCCCGAGUCUUUUCUCAAAUGCGCGAACGAUUUUUACUGCUCCUAUUUCGCCAUUCAAAAAUACAUGGAAAAGAAUACGAGGGACUGCAAUGGUGAUUCCAAAAUCGAUUGUGAUGAUUUUGUAGCCAUUCACAAAUUGGGCCGUGAGAAUUGUACGCAACAAUUGCCUGAAAGUUACGCGGAGCGCUACGACUAUUGCCAAUCUGUAAUAUCUGAUUAACUCAAUUAUUGAAAAAUAUAGUUAAACUGCUCAAGUGCUUUAUUUA